UUCAUUAAAUAAUUACAAUACUACAGUAAUAAGUAUUGAUAAUGUUUUAAAUGUGGUGUGCAAAUGUUAUUUGUGAAAAAUAUCUGUAUGCAUUGUCUUCAAACUGUACAUUUGAUCAAGAGGCGGGAGAGAUGCCAGCAGUAUCUGUGGCCAAAGAUUCAGACACAGAGGAAGAUGGUGAAGAGAAUGACGAAAAUGAACAGGAUGAAGAACCAGAUGAACCCAAAGAACCAAAAAUCCGAGAGACCCCUGAAGACAUUAAAUUUGAGGCCAUUGUGAAUACUGUAGCAUUCCACCCAACACGGGACAUCCUGGCUGCUGGGGACAUCGAUGGAGAUAUCUAUGUUCACUCCUAUUCCUGCGUGGAAGGAGGGAACAAGGAGCUGUGGUCCUCCGGGCAUCACCUCAAAUCCUGCAGGGAAGUGGCUUUUUCACAUGACGGAGAGAAACUCUUCAGCAUAUCUAAGGACAAAUCUGUCCACAUUAUGGACGUGGAGGGAGGCAAGCUAGUCAAAAGGAUAUCAAAGGCACACAGUGACCCCCUAAACGGCAUGCUCCUAAUUGAUGAGAACCUGCUUGCUACUGGCGAUGAUAGCGGCACCCUGAAAGUGUGGGACCUGCGGAGGGGCACCGCCUUCAUGGAGAUGAAGCAGCACGAGGAGUACAUCAGUGGCAUGGCCAUCGACCACGACAAGAAGAUCCUCCUCACUACCAGCGGAGAUGGGACAAUGGGAGUGUUUAACAUUAAGAGGCGGCGUUUCGACCUUCUGUCUGAGUUUCAAAAUGGGGAUCUCACCUCUGUGGCAAUCAUGAAGCGAGGUAAGAAAGUGGCGUGUGGUUCAAGCGAGGGCAUGAUUUACCUCUUUAACUGGGAUGGGUUUGGUGCCACCAGUGACCGCUUUGCAGUGAAGGCCGAGUCUGUUGACAGCAUCAUACCGAUUACUGAUAGCAUUCUGUGUGCUGCGUCUACAGAUGGAGUUAUAAGGGCGAUCAACCUGCUGCCAAACCGUGUGAUUGGCAGCGUGGGCCAGCACGUGGGGGAGCCCAUUGAGCAGAUUGCCAAGUCGUACGAUGGGCACUUCCUGGCCAGCUGUGCCCACGACCAGAAGGUGAAAUUCUGGGACAUCUCCUCCCUGAGCGCUAUCACUGUGAGCGACUAUCGGAGGCGGAAGAAGAAGGGGGGGAACCUGAAGUCACUGAGCAAGAAAGCGUUUGGGGGAGGGGAUGACUUUUUCUCAGGCUUGAUCGAGGAGACAGAGAUCAAGAAACCAGAGGAGAAGGAAGAGGAGGAGGAAGACAGUGACAGUGGCAGCGAUUGAAGUGCACAAAGUGGACUGGCGUACUGGGUGAAUGUACUAAGAGACUAAUUUUCAGUGCGAGAACCCACUGUGCUACUUUUAAGGUAUUGCUGUCUUAAGUGAUAGAGCUGGUGGUUGUUACCCAAAGACUGGGCUUUUGAGUAUAUAUUCUAAGCCAGAAAAUAGUGGUAAUACAAUAGCUGGAAGGGGAAUGUGAUCAUUUCUAACCAUUUGAAUAUGUGUUCAUGUGUAAUACAAUGAAGAGAUCAGUUAAAUACUGUGCUAGAAGGCUGUCUAAAUGAAAAUUGUGCCUUGACAUCUUACCUCGUUUUUGUAACUCAUUCUAUAGGACUAACUCAAAGACACAAUGUGUUAUUUAGUCUGUAAAGAUAAUAUUGUGGCACAAAAUUGAAAAAAUAUGCAGAUGCUUCCAAUGCACUUUUCAGAUGUUAAGUACUGGAUAUCUCUGUGCUAGACUGUGGUGUCUGGCAGUCAGCAGAUCACUAAAACAUGAAUCUCCCUGAAUUUAAAUUUGAAUGUUUAAUACAAUAUAUCGGGAGGCCCACAGCAAACAAAUGCCAUGUUUUAUGACAUGUAUGUUUUCCUGUAAAACGUCUCCUGUUGGCAGAGAUUGCACAUGCCAAAGGUGAUAAAUGUAUGUUUGAAAUGACAUGUUUUGGAACCAUUUGAAUACACGCUUUCAAGUGA